AUAACAAGCCAGCGGGUCUGAGUCGCUGUUACCAGCUCUGUCAGCCGACGGUUACCAAGCCGAAAACAUCAGCUGCAGUUUCACAGAAGAAUUCCGGUUCAACAGCGACGAAGAAAAACCCCUCUUUUCUGUCGGCGUUGCUUGUUUAUCUUCACGGAGUCGUCGGGCUGGAGUUUGUCUGAGGUCUCUCCCGCUGUCCGUGGAUUAACACAGGACUCGGCUCCGAAGCGCCGUGAUAUCAGUUUAAGAGUGAAAAUGUGGAUUAUGCGCCUGCAUCACGUGUGAAUAUUUGUGUUUUUUUUUUUCCCCCCACCUUCGGAGAUUGCUUGUUUCCCGGUUUGUGGGUAACAUAAAUUCAGUAAUUCAGUUAAGUCCGGUCAAGACCAGCGGACACUUGUUGAAAUACAAUUUACAGAGAAACGUUUUGCCAAACUGCUCUGAGCUCUGCUAAUGUCUGUAGCGAGAUUUAGCUAACAAGGCUAACAAAACUUUCUCCAACGCCGGCGCUAAAAUCUGUUAGCACAGGUUGCUUCUGAUACGUGUCUGUUAGAUGUUGACCGACGCAGAGUGUCCACAAGUUGGUAAAGUGCGUUGGUCAAAUUUGUUGAGAUGGCACUGACAGCAGCUUAGCUGACUUAGCUAGCUGCAGCUGUUGCUGAGCUCUCCGUUCACCUCCAGCGUUAUGUUAGCAAUGACAGCUAACGUUAUGUCAACGUUAGAUUCAAACAAGUGGUUCGCUGGAAGUAUGUCAAUAUGAAGUUAUACCGUGCCAUUAACUUCGUUUAAUCAACACGCCACUCUUCUAGAAAGUUAUUAAAGUUAUCCUGCAAGUACAGAUAAUUUGCAAAGGUUUUAUAUGCCCCGCUAUCCAGUGAUAAGAAGCCAACUUUUAUUAACGGGAGCUUUAACGUUAGCUUAGCUGCGUUAGCUACUAUCUGGGCUUACAGUGACACACUCAGCUCUGAAACUGCAGCCAGCCGAGUUCACUCUGAAUUAACUUUGGUCAGGCGGUAAUGUGUGCUGUGCUUUUGAAACUCUGAUGGGUUCGCCGCAGAGCUCACUGAGAGACGCUGAAAAAUAGACUCCCGGGCACCGUCUUCCACUUUUGUUCCGAGUAGCUGAAGUUGACAAACUGCGGCCCGCACCAUGUCCGGCUCCCCGGGCACAGGUGGCUCAAACCCCAGGAAGUUCAGCGAAAAGAUCGCGCUGCACAACCAGAAGCAAGCAGAGGAGACGCGGGCCUUUGAACAGCUGAUGACAGACCUCACAGUUUCAAGGGUCCAGUUUCAGAAAAUCCAGCAGCUCCGCUUGUCUCAGCCACGGGUGCCGUACUAUGGAGGCUCUCUGCCCAACGUCAAUCAGAUCGGCAACACCAACGCUGAAUUUCAGGGUGGCUUCCCUUCGGGAUUGGACUCGGUCCGAGGGACCCGCCACCACGGGCUGGUCGAGAGGGUCCAUAGGGACCGCAGCCGGAUCAACUCUCCCCAUCGCCGACCCAUUGACAAGCACGGACGACAGAUAGAGAGCUCUCCAUACGGAGCAGUGUACCUGUCCCCACCUCCAGACAAUAACUGGAGAAGGGAACAGCAGCCAUGGACUGAGGAAAAACGGCCUGGGUUUAGAUUAAUAUCACAACUCAACAGAACCAAUUCAGACUCUGCUCUCCAUACGAGCGCUAUGAACCCAAACCCUCAGGACCCCUUUGGCAUGAACCAGCAGAUGGGUCGAGGUCCCCCGCAGCGUAAUGCUAGCGUAAACGAGGCAGAGAUGGACGGCUCUGGAGACAUCUUCUCCUUCCCCACCCUGCCCAACGAGGAGAGUCUAAUAGGUGUCAGUAAGCCCCUUCCCAAGCAGCUGUGGGAGGCCAAGAAGGUCCAGUCUCUGGCGUCGCGGCCUAAAUCCUGUGAAGUGCCUGGAAUCAAUAUAUUCCCGUCUCCGGAGCAGAACCCUGGUCUCUCCCACUACCAGGGCUCAUUAAAUACCGGCGGCUCCCUGCCCGACCUCAGCAACCUGCACUUCCCCUCCCCGCUCUCCACCCCGCUGGACCCUGAGGACAAUGGAGGGUAUCCCAACCUCAGUGGAGGCAGCAGCACCGGAAAUCUGCCGGCCGCCAUGAUGCACUUAGGCAUCAGCAACUCACAGGGACUCUCCUCCUCUCUGAGCAACCCCUCAAUUCAGGCGUCCCUCAACAACUGCCAGCUGCAGUCGUCUCUCAGCAAUCCCUCCAUCAACUCGUCCCUGCGUCUGUCAGGCAACUCCCCCCGGCGACGGCCCGCUCCCAUCAGCCCCCUCACCCUGUCUCCAGGUGCCGAGCAGCGUAGGGGUCUGGCCAAGCAGCUGUCUCCCACCAUGUCCCCCUCACUGUCCCCCAUCACACAGGGAGUUGCUUUGGACACCAGCAACAUGCCAAGGGAGCCGCCCCCGCCCUACCCACUCUACCAACAGUCCCAGCAUGCAGUGGACCAGAGCCGACAACGCCAGCAGCAACACCAGCAACAGCAGCAGCAGCAGUCGCAGCAACAGCAGCAGCAGCAGCAGCAGCAGCAGCAGCAGCAGCAGCCUGUUUCCCCUCUGCAGAGCAUCCCACUGGACUUCAACACAAGCCAACACAACAAUAUGGCGGCACUCUUCGACCCCUUCAUGGAGCCCCAGUUCUCCAAUCGCCAGAGCAAGACCCUCCCCUAUCAGUUGGACCAGUUCAGCCUGUUGGAAAACGCCAUGAGCUCCACAGCAGGGGGUUCUUGCUUCGACCCUUCCUCCUCGCUCUACUACUCCCAGGCUGCGCUCUCAGGGCUGGGCGGCAGCCACGGCAGCCUGCAGGACCCCAUGCACAUGAGGUCCAACAUGUUGUACUCAAACUGCAGCGGAGGACUGCCCAACAUCAUACUCACUGAUGACUCCAACCCCAGCAUGUCAAAGGACAUAAGCAGUGCACUCUCUACGGUGCCUGAAUGUUUUGACUCAGAGGGAGGCUUCCCGUUGGAGGAUGAGCUGCGCAUCGAGCCCCUCAGCCUGGACGGUCUGAGCAUGCUCAGUGAUCCCGACAUGGUGCUACCGGACCCAUCUGUGGAGGAUACUUUUCGCAGUGACAGACUCUGAACAUAAAGAGCAUCACAGGUUUCAAGAAAGAACACGCACACGCACACACACACACACACACACACACACACACACACACACACACACACACACACACAGAUUUGCAGUGUAUAGAGUGUACAAAUCUGAAUAUGCAUGCUAACAGUCUCUGUAGGGCCACUGUGCAUGCAUCCACUGCCACUAAGAUUCAUUAAAUGUGAAAGACAUGAACACCAUGCACACUUUUUAAAGAGACUUGUGAACAAACACUGUUUACACCUGCUUCAUGCAAAGUUACCCUCACACACGCUCGAGCUCGUUUUUCCUCACUGGUUAUUUUAGACGAGGCGAGGCGACACAGUUUAGGGUCUAACAUCAGCACCGGGAGCACACGCAGGUCCAGCUCUGAGACUCUGCGUCCCCCCCCCCCCCCCCCCCCCGGAACCAAAAACAGUUGGACAAACACGUGAGACGAUACUGCGAGGAGCCGAGGUCCUCCCGCUUCCUUUCUCUCAUCACCAGCUCACAGCCCCCCCACCCCCGAAGCCAUGGCAACUUCAUCGCCAUGGUUACACACCAUAGCAACCCCAUCGCAGUGCUGAAAAGCAGCAGAGAUGCCAACACACAAUUUACUUUUCUUACAGCUUACAGUAUGUAGAGUGAAUGGGCCCAGCUCAGCACCAGCACAGAGCUGUGCUGCAGUUACUGCUCACAGCUGGUUAAACAUCUGGCAGCCCAGUUUCCUUCAGGUGAAGUAAAAUCCAGCUGUGCCGUGGUUGCUUUAGGCUCUCAAACAAUCCUGGUAGAAAUGAAGACUAAGAGGAAUAUGAGCUUUGAAAUGUAUUUCUUUGAUAUCAGACUAUUUUUAAAAUGUUUGCCACAGAUUUAUAAAUAUAAAUAUACGUAUAUAUACAAGCCUCAAUUUCAGUCUGAUUAGAAUGUUUUUUCAAAGUAGAGACAAAAAGGGCAAACUGUUUACAAAGAUGAGAUUUUAAUAAGUAAAUAUUACUAAAGAGUAUAGAUUUUUUUUGAAUUUCUAAUUAAGAAAUAAAAUUCUAAGAUGUAUUAAAAAAACAAAGGCUAUAUUUUUCCGUGCGAUGUGGACGGACGUCUCCCUUCUCCCCUGUCACAGACGAGUCGGCUGUGAUUUCCUCUGGCAGAACUUUGACAGCACUGGGACAGAGUCAGAAUCCACUUCAAGAAAGGAACUUCACAUUUUGACAUGUUUUUGUUUAAAAAAAAAAAAAAAAAAAAACUUCUCUGUACAUUCAUUGAAUAUGUUUUAUUUUACAUUUUGUA